GUUAAGUCUUAACAUAAGAAGUAUCGAACAGAAAACAAACCAAACCACACAAACAAAGGCCUUCUCCUCUCUUCUCUAACUCAUUGACGAUCUCUACGAUGUUUCCCUCGUUUUCCUCUGCUUUAAAUAAAUAUUAAUCUCCCCUCUCAUUUCUUUAGUUGUUUGCCAAACAACCCUCUCCUUCUCCUUAGACCCCCCUCCCUCCCUCCCUCUCUUCUCUAGAGAGAUCUCAUUGAUUAAAUUGAGUUUACACGAGUCUAAAUUUGGAAAUCUGAAGAUCUAGAUUGAGAUUUUUUUGAGGGGCUGACAGCUCUGGAGAUUUUUGUCAUGGCUUCUAUAUCGAACUCGGCAGUUGCAUUUACUGGAACGACAGCUUCUGAUCUUCUUCGAAGCUCGAAGAGUGGUGGUGCUAAUGGUAUUCCUCUGAGAACCCUAGGAAAAGCGCGAUUCAGUGUGAAAACCAGGGAUUUAUCGGUGGUUGCGAAGGUUAGAAAAGUUAAGAAGCAUGAGUAUCCAUGGCCUGAGGAUCCGGAUCCGAAUGUGAAAGGCGGGGUUUUAACUCAUCUCUCGCAUUUUAAGCCUCUUAAAGAGAAGCCUAAACCAGUUACAUUGGAUUUCGAGAAACCACUUGUUGCUCUGGAAAAGAAGAUCAUUGAUGUGCGGAAGAUGGCGAAUGAAACUGGUUUGGACUUCAGCCAUCAGAUUGCCUCGUUAGAGAAUAAAUAUCAACAGGCUCUUAAGGAUUUAUACACACAUUUGACUCCUAUACAACGUGUGAAUAUUGCACGCCAUCCGAACAGGCCAACAUUCCUUGAUCACAUAUUUAGCAUAACUGAAAAGUUUGUAGAGCUUCAUGGAGAUCGAGCAGGCUAUGAUGAUCCUGCUAUUGUUACUGGAAUAGGAACAAUAGAUGGUAGAAGAUACAUGUUCAUGGGUCACCAAAAGGGAAGAAACACGAAAGAGAACAUCAUGCGUAACUUUGGGAUGCCUACUCCUCAUGGCUAUCGGAAGGCUUUACGCAUGAUGUAUUAUGCGGAUCACCAUGGCUUCCCUAUAGUUACUUUAAUUGAUACGCCUGGAGCAUUUGCAGACCUUAAAUCUGAGGAACUAGGCCAAGGUGAAGCCAUUGCUCAUAAUUUGAGGACCAUGUUCGGCCUAAAGGUUCCAAUUGUUUCUAUUGUUAUUGGGGAGGGUGGCUCUGGUGGUGCUUUGGCGAUUGGAUGUGCCAAUAAAUUGUUAAUGCUUGAAAAUGCAGUUUUCUAUGUGGCAAGUCCUGAAGCAUGUGCAGCAAUUUUAUGGAAGACUGCCAAAGCUGCUCCAAAGGCAGCUGAGAAGCUUAAAAUCACUGGUCCUGAGUUGUGCAAGCUGCAAGUUGCAGAUGGAAUCAUACCUGAGCCAUUGGGAGGAGCACAUGCAGAUCCAUCAUGGACCUCACAACAGAUAAAGAAUGCAAUUAAUGAAGCUAUGGAUGAGCUCAACAAAAUGGACACAGAAGCACUACUAAAACAUCGCAUGCUUAAGUUCCGAAAAAUUGGUGGGUUUCAAGAAGGGGUCCCGGUUGAUCCUAUAAAAAAAGUCAACAUGAAGAAGAAAGAAGAACCCGUUGCAGGAAAGACUCCAGUUAUAGAAUUGGAGUAUGAGGUUGAAAAACUGAAACAGCAAAUUUCAAAGGCCAAGGAGUCAUCUAGCAAGCCCACGGAGUUGGCUUUAAAUGAGAUGAUAGAGAAACUAAAGAAGGAGAUUGAUCUUGAAUAUUCUGCAGCUGUUGAAGCGAUGGGCUUAAAGGACAGGUUUUUGAAUUUGCGGGAAGAAUGUUUAAAAGCAAAUUCACAGGACCAACUCAUGCAUCCAGUUCUAAUGGACAGGAUUGAAAAACUCAGUGAUGAAUUUAACAAGGGCCUGCCAACUGCUCCUAAUUAUACCAGCCUGAAGUAUAAGCUUGACAUGUUGAAGGAGUUUUCUAUAGCCAAAAGCAACUUGGAGAAGAAGGGCAAGGGUGAGGAACUGAAACUGGAUAUCAAUAAGAAACUCAAAGAGGUUAUGGAUCAGCCUGAAAUGAAGGAGAAGAUGCAAGCUCUGAAGGCAGAAGUUCAGAAGUCAGGGGCUUCCAGUGCUGCAGAUUUAGAUGAUGGCACAAAGGAGAGCAUAUCAAAGAUGAAGAAAGAGAUAGAGUUGGAAUUGGCGAGUGUCCUAAAGUCCAUGGAUUUGAAUGUUGAAAUUGUAAGGGCUAAGGAACUCAUUGACCAAGACUUGAAGGCUAAGGUAGAAAGUUUAGAGGAGGAAACUAACAAGAAAAUUGAAAAUCUAAUAAAGUCAUCGGAUCUUAAAAACACUAUCAAGUUACUGAAGUUGGAAGUGGCCAAGGCAGGGAAAACACCCGAUGCUGCAUUAAAAAAUAAAAUUGAGGCUUUAGAACAACAAAUAAAGCGGAAGCUUUCAGCUGCCAUUAGCUCCUCAGAAAUAAAGGAGAAGCACGAAGAGCUGCAGGCAGAGAUCAAAGCGCUAGAAGGUGAUGGAGGAUUAAAUGGGAGUUUGAAAAAUGAUGAUCUAAAGGAAGCAAGUUCCAAGUAUGAUGAAUCCAGGGUAUAAAUUAAUUUGGGUGCAAAUCGCAGCUUCACUUAAGAGUAUGCAGCUGGUGAAGAUGGCUUAGAAAGAAGAGAUUACAGCCUUUCAUCGUAGCAGUCAGAACUGUACCAUGCUCUUCUUAUCAGAAGGCCUAGCAGGUCAAUUGCUUGCCUAGCUCAGCGGCCAUGUGCACAUGGGCUUGAUUUUAUUAAUGCGUACAUCGAAUAUUUUAAAAAAAUGUUAUGGUAGACGAAUUGAUAGCU